AAGACCUGUGUAUUAGAAAAUUGAAAAAAUCUUUUAUUUUGUCUUUUAAUGCGAAUCAUUGAGUCAGAAUCAGUGCAUCUUUCGAUUUAAUUUGAUAGGUGUACAUUGAUUAAAAAUCAAUAAGUAACUAAUCAAUUAAACAAUUAUCCCGACACAUCGCGCGCUGCAGAGUGCAUAUGUGACGUCACAGGUCGAGCAUCAACAACGAAGUAAAGGAGAAAAUUGACCAUUUUUGUUCGCUAAUUACGUCGCCAUUUUGAGGAAAAAUAUUAUACUGGAUUGCAGACAGGGAGAUCGAGCAUUUAACUUGCUAUUUGUGAAAGAUUACAGAUAUGUAGCGGAAGUUGACAAAAGGAUGGUUUUGCAUAUUUGCUGAUGAACUGUACACAUAGAAUGGUUGUAUAGUUUAAAGCUGGCAUCAAGUACAGGCUGAUUUAUAAAAUACAAUGGACAAUGUAAACCUUGGUGGACUGGAUCCAAGAAAGGCAGAGUUGUUAGAAGCCAGGUUUUAUGGAAGGUUUCAGCCACUUAACAUACCACAGCAAAUGAAUGUGAUGCCCCAGCAAGUGCCACUGCCCAGUGAGAGUAACAGCAACUUGAGUGCAGGCUCAUUAGACAGAGAGGAGCAAGAGGUCUUUCACGAUUUUCAGGUUCACACUCCGGAGAAGAGAACGCCGUCAGAGAGGAAGAGAAAACGAAAACCUACUAACAGUGAUAGUAAUCAUGACGGAUCACUUCUAGCUAAAACAAGACCAGAAGCAAAUGGGAAGAAAAUCAAUGAGUAUUUUAAACAACAAUGCCAGUCUCCUAGUCGUAGUCAACAGUGUGCCUCUAAUAUAGGCACCAAGUCACCAUCACCUCAAGGUGUUCAAUAUUCAUAUAUGGCCUCCUCUCCACAGAGUAGUAAUUCAAACAGUAUGCACAGUUACCCAGCUUUGUUCCUCUCGGCGAAAGCUAUACAGACUGAUUUAUCAGCUAUGCAGCUGAAAGCAUUAGAAAGUGGAGCAUCUAAUGAUAUUGCAGAGAAGGAUCAAAGAAUAGAAGAUCUAAAUAGGCAAAAUGAAGAGUUGCGGCGGCAGCUUACAGCACAACAGAAACUUAUAGAAAAACAUAAAGAAAACCUGCAAAAAUGUCUGAAUGUCAACAAAACAUUAUUAAUAGAAAAGAGUUGUUUAGAAAAGAAAACUACACGGCAGAAAAGUAUGGAGAAUCGACUCCGGUUAGGGCAGUUUGUUACACAGAGACAGGGAGCUACGUUUGUUGAAAAUUGGGUCGAUGGCUGGGCCUUCACAGAUCUAAUGAAACAACAAGAGAGAAUAGCUCAAGAAAGGGAGGAGAUAGAGAAACAGAGGAAGUUGUUAUUGAAAAGAAAACCAACAUCCACUAUAUCCAAAAAUACCAAAGACGGCUUUCUGAAACCAGGCACAGGUGAAAAAGUGUUAACGUUUCCAGAGUUUUAUGAACGAGAUGACAUCAUGAAGUUGCGGCAAGCUGCACUAAAGAAAGAAGACGUGGAUUUACAGUUAGAAUUAGAGAAGUUGGAACGUGAGAGAAAUCUACAUAUACGUGAACUUAAACGCAUUCAUAAUGAAGACAAUUCCAGAUUUAAAGACCAUCCUAUUCUGAAUGAGAGAUAUUUAUUGUUAAAUCUCAUUGGAAAAGGUGGAUUCAGCGAGGUUCAUAAAGGCUUUGAUCUAAAAGAGCAAAGAUAUGUAGCGUGUAAAAUACAUCAGUUGAAUAGAGAGUGGAAGGAUGACAAGAAAGCUAAUUAUAUAAAGCAUGCAUUACGGGAAUAUAAGAUACACAAAAGCUUAGAUCAUCCGAGAAUAGUGAGGCUGUAUGAUGUGUUUGAAAUAGAUAAUAAUUCAUUUUGUACAGUUUUAGAAUUUUGUGAAGGCAAUGACCUGGACUUUUACUUGAAGCAGAACAAGUGUAUUCCGGAGAAAGAGGCGCGCUCGAUAAUCUGUCAGACAGUGAGCGCCCUCAAGUAUCUCAAUGAAAUCAAGCCACCUGUGAUUCAUUAUGACCUGAAACCUGGAAAUCUUCUUUUGGGACAUCCAGCCACUAAUGCAUCAUUAAUAUCUACGUCAGUAAGUGGAGAGAUCAAGAUUACAGAUUUUGGUCUCAGUAAGAUCAUGGAUGACGAGUCGGCGACGCCGGAUGGUAUGGACCUUACGUCACAAGGAGCCGGAACCUACUGGUACUUGCCGCCAGAAUGUUUUAUGGUAGGGAAAAACCCACCAAAAAUCUCAUCUAAAGUGGAUGUAUGGUCAGUAGGUGUGAUAUUCUAUCAAUGCUUGUAUGGGAAAAAGCCUUUUGGUCACAACCUGUCACAGGCAGCUAUUUUAGAAGAGAAUACAAUAUUGAAUGCAAAGGAGGUAGAAUUUCCAUCCAAGCCUCCAGUCACUCCAGAGGCAAAGAACUUUAUCCGUAAGUGUCUGCAGUACAAGAAGGAGAUGAGACCAGACGUAUUACAGUUGGCCACAGAUGAUUAUCUUAAACCAGCUGCAAUGAAGGCAAAGGGUGCAGGUCACAUGAAUGCAGACUACAUGAUGAACUCUUCGUCGUCAACUAUUGCUGCUAGUGCCACGAACAUCAGUGCAUCCAGUUCAAACUUAUCUUCACAGUCGCCUAGCUUUACCUUUGGUGACAAACUCACAUAGUAUUUACUACUCUAGUGUACAAAUUUAAUCCUGUGGUGUUUUUUUUCUAAGAAAAAACAAAAAAGAAAAUUGAUGUAAAAUAACAAAAAAACUCGUUUUCCAACUUAUGCGUAUUAUAAAUCUGUGAUUCAUUAUAAAAGUUGGACGAGACAGUGACGGGGGGACGUAUUCGUCGGGUUAUUGUGUUAAACAGUUUGCAGCUGUAUCAUACAGGAGUUGUGUGCUGCCGUUAUUUGCCACACCGGAUUGUCAUUAAUCUUUGUGGAUGUACAUAUAUAUAAAUAUUGACGAGCAAUACAAAGUGUGGUGAUAGGUGAUGAAAUUAUAGAACGAGUAUGCAGCGAUUUGGUGCAAGAAAAAUAAGAAUGAAGCAAGGAAAAAAAGGCGGGAAAAAUUGGUUGUAUGCAGUCUGAAUGCAAGAGUUGUUGACUAAAUCGGAAAAAAAUCUUUUCGGCACAUAGACGCUGAUGAUUGUUUUGAGAGAGUGAGUCUACGAGGACAUGCAACGCACUACACACGCCCUCGCAAGUUACUACACUGAUGACUGAAGGCGUUCGCUAAAUAUCACAUUUAAAAUGUUUCUAAAUUAUUGUAUUUAAAUAUAAACUUUUGUUACUCAUAUUCCUCAUUUAUACUGCAUGUCAAGGCACUCUUAACGGAUGCUAACAGA